AUGGCAAAAGACUUCACACAGUCAUUCUUUAUGUCUUUUAAAGGGCAAGCGAGAACGUCAGGAGAACCAGUGAAACCGACUGAUGCUGACGGACAGAGAUGUCUUACACGAGAUUUGUGGUUUGAACUGAACAAGGAGCAAGGUCCGAAACCAGGUUCAGCAGAAAGUGGACCUGAAGGUCAGCAACAAGGUGGAAUGCCACAAGGUGAACCCCAACAACAGGCCGGAAUGUUGCCCCAAGGUGAACCUCAACAGCAAGCAGCGCCUCCUGAUUCUCAACAGCCAGCACCACAGGAAGAGGGACAAGCGAGAACGUCAGGACAACCAGCGAAACCGUGUGAUCAUGACAUGCCGGGCUCUGUUUGUAAGUGCUUUACCAAUAGUUAA